AUGCACCAACACGCCAAUAUUCACGCUGGUCAGGCUCCCCAGGCGGUCAUUGGUGGGAAGAACGAUCUGCUGCAUCCGAGCUUUCUCGCGCCGUGCGAGCAUAGUGGUGGUGAUAUGCACGCUCACGCUUUCGACCUCUUAUCUUUCUCAUCCGAGACAAAGCAAGCCGCCCAACGUCCCAAUCUGCCCCAUGCCCAGACAUCCAUGGCUGUACCCGCGUCAGUCCCGGCGCACCCUACGUCUUACCUCUCCGCGUCACGCCCGGUCGCUGCGCCAGCAAUACCGAACGGCAAUGGAGGAGGAAAUGGCGUGUCGUCGGGGUCUGUGCCAAAGACGAGGAGAAUGAGCAGCUCUACCACUGGUGCGUUGGGGAGAGGAAAGCUGGGAGCUACCGGAGAAGCGAGUACAGGAAAGGAGAGCCGUCCCUCAAUCCCCUCGCAUCCUUCCUACAACGGCAUCAACCCCAUCCCCAACCGUCGUCCAACAUUAGGCUCAUCCCCCACUCCUCAGCUAUUCGACUUUGCCAAGACCGACCGUCGACCCUCAGCUGCCCGCCCUACCACCCAGAACGGUCGCUCAGCAUCCAGCUCCGUCGUGGUUCCAGGUUCACUUCCAAAUCGAAGUAUUCUGCAUGGGCAUGCCCGACCAGCACCUGCACCGCCAACAGCGGACGAUAUGGAGCUGGAUAUGGAGUUUGGGGAUGACGAGGAGGAAGAAGGAGAGAGUGGGCGAAGCGGGUCAGCCGAGGUUGAAGAUGGAGAAGAGGGGGAUUGGAAGAAAUUGGCACUUGGGAGUGGGUCAGGCGGAGUCAAGGGAAGGAGAAAGGGGAUGGUUUUCAAGUGCGAGCAUUGCUCCAAGGAAUACCGGCAUCCAUCGUGCUUGGUCAAGCACCGCUGGGAGCAUUCGCCGCAUUGGAAAGAGCCUACUCAGCUCAGCAUGAGCAAGCACCAGCAGGUGCAAAUGCUCGAGGCUGCCGCAAUCCUUGCUCAUCUGCACCCCACCGGAGGAAAGGCCCUGCCGAGUGAUAAGUCCCUCUGGCCAGCUAUCCUGUCUCCAGGCGAUCAGCCCGCUCCUAUUCGCCGAGCCUCCCAAUCGCACUCCACGCUUCGGUCACCCCCCUCAUCUACCAUCGCCCCUCUCACCCCUGGAUCCUUGCGCGAACCCUCGUCCCUCGGCGGCGCCAUGUCCGACCGUCCAGGCAAAGAUCGCAAGUCCUCUCCCGGGAGCGACUCCACCACGUCAUCCAUGGGCGCCAGCGAGCCUGUCAUUCCCCAAGCACCCAUCUCCGCUGCUUCUCCUUCAUCUUUCAACAAGCCGCUUGCUUCUGCCGGCCGGUCUGGAUCAUUCUCAUCGUCCCUGCCCCGCCAACUCGCCGAGAUGCGCUUCGGCUACGGUGCAGGUUCCAACGCCGGAGUUUUGGGGACACCAAAUGGAGGCCACUCUUUCCUCUCGAACGGGACACCGCCGAAGGGCGGGUUCUCGCCUGACCCGCGUAUGCCGCUCGGUGUACGUACUGGUAUGAUCGGUGGAGGGAUGUUCGGCACGGGCUCGCUGCACACGGCUCGGCCGUCCAGCUCGAUCCGGAGCGGGGUGGAAGAUGUUCUGGAAGAUGAGGAUGAAGAGGAGGAUAUGACCUAUGGGCGCAGAGUCAACGGACAUGGUCAUGGUCAUUCGGCGGGCUAUGGUCAGGCAAACGGGCAUCAGGCGGGGAAGAACGGGAAGAGCUCAAGCGAAGAAGUGGAGGAACGGCGGAAAGAUGAGGAAUAUGGGAUGGCGAUGGAGAUGGAGCUGUAG